AUGACGCUGGUCAAGCGUGCCGCCAACGCAAUCGCCAUCAAGGGCUCCGAGCGUCGUCCCGGCGAGUCGCGUGGCAAUGCCAUGCUGCGCAACGCCGAUUUGCUUCCGGUGCCCCCCGAGCGCCGUACUUGGGGCUGGAUCGACUUUACCGCCUUCUGGAUCUCGGACGGUCUCAACCUCAACACUUUCAUGAUCGCCUCGACCGCUGUCUCGGCUGGUCUCACCUGGUCCCAGGCUUGGGCCGCCAUCAUCGUCGGCUACUUUGCCGUCGCAUUCUUGGUUGUCAUGACCGCCCGCAUCGGUGCCGUCUACCACAUUUCGUUCCCGAUCCUCGCCCGCAGCACUUUUGGUGUCUGGGGUGCCAUCUGGCCCAUCGUCAACCGUAGCGCGAUGGCUUGUAUCUGGUAUGGUGUUCAGUCGUACAUCGGCGGACAGUGUGUCACCUUGGUCUUGGAGAGCAUGUUCCCCAGCUACGCAAGGAUUCCCAACCACCUGCCCGAAAGCGCCGGCGUCACCUCGCAGCAGUUCCUCUCGUUCUUCCUCUUCUCGCUCAUCAGCGUUCCCCUGGCCAUCAUCCACCCUACCAAGAUCCGAUUCUUCUUCAACUUCAAGUCGAUCGUUGUGCCCAUUGCAGCCAUCGCCUUCUUCGCAUGGUCCAUCGCCGACGCCAAGGGUCUCGGUCCCAUCGUCCACCAGCCCGCCACGCUCAAGGGCACCAAGUUCUCGUGGCAGUUCCUGGCUUCGCUCUUCUCGUGCAUCUCCAACAUGGCUACCUUGGUCCUCAACAUCCCAGACAUCUCGCGAAUGGCCAAAAACAAGCGAUCGGUCACCUGGUCGCAGAUCCUCGCCAUCCCUCUGACAUUCUCGUUGACCAGCUUCCUGGGUAUUAUCAUUGCCAGUUCGAGUCAGGUCAUCUACGGCGAGCAGAUCUGGAACCCUGUGCUUCUGCUUGGACAGAGAUUGAAGGCGGACCCUUACGACUCCAAGGCCAGAGCCGGUGUGUUCUUCAUCGCUUUCGCCUUCAUCAUCGGCCAGAUCGGUGUCAACAUCGCCGCCAACUCGCUCUCUGCUGGUCACGAUCUUGCUGCUGCUCUCCCGAGGUACAUCAACAUCCGACGUGGAUCCCUUAUUUGCUGCGCAGUCGGCUUCGCCAUGUGCCCCUGGAACCUGCUCAAGGACAGCAACAACUUUGCCACCUACCUCUCGGCCUACUCGCUGUUCCUUUCGAGUCUGUCCGGUACCAUGAUGGCCGACUACUACAUCGUGAAACGUGGAAAGCUCGACGUGCCCUCGCUCUUCUCUGCAAGCUCCGGUAAGAGCAACCCGCAGGUGCCUCACAUGUACCACUACUGGAACGGCAUCAACUUCCGCGCGUUUGCCUCGUACAUUGCAGGUAUCGCCAUGACCGUCGCUGGAUUCGCCGGUGUACUGGGUGCCGAGGUCUCGGUCACUGCGCAAAGGAUGUACAUCCUCGCCUACCCCAUUGGCUUCCUUGUCUCUGGAUUGGUGUACAUCGCCAUCUGCGAAGUAUCGCCUGUCCCUGGUGGAGUGUCGCUGCGAGAGCACAGGGACUUCCUGGAGCCCGAGAGCUGGGAGGCUGACAUGUGGCACGGACCCGAGUUGCCCGAGGAGCAGGGCUCGCAGACCGGAACCGGAAGCGAUCUUGAAAAGGGUUCGGACUUCAAGGGUGAGACUCCGGCAGUUCAGCAGGUGUCGAGCUCGGACUACUACCUUCAAAAGUGA